AUGCAUUUCAGAAGAGGCGAGUACGCGGAAGCGGAAGCGAGUUACACGAAAAGUUUGCAGGGUAAAGAAACGGCGGCGGCGCUGAGUAAUCGAGCGAUGGUUCGACUGAAACUCGGGAAGGCGGAGGCGUGCGCGAAGGACUGCCAGAGGAGCGUAGAUUUAUUGUUAGAAGAGGACGAGGUUGGAGAAGCAACGAGUAAGAGAGACGGUUUGUUAGUGAAGACGUGGCAGAGGAAAGGUACGGCGGAGAUGGAGAUGAAGAUGUAUCGAGAGGCGGCGGCGUCGUUUGAAAACGCGUUGAGAAUAGAGCCGGAAUCGAGGACGAUUCGAGAGCAAAGGAAGGCCGCGGUGAAGGAGAUGGCGAUGAUUGAGGUGAAAGAUGGAGAGGUUGAACUGCGCGCGAGGGAUUUCUUAGCUAAGAGACAACGUGUUUCGAUAGAAAAGAAAAAGGAACUCGAAACGCCGUCGCCUGCCGCGAUAGUACAGACUAAAAGGAAGGAAGCGAUGGCGAAAGAGGAAAUGAAGACGACAACAAUGGACAUUGAAAAAGUGCGCAAAGCGAUAUCGAAGCUCGAUCACGACGAGGAAGAAAUAAAAACUGGACCUAUUUUCGACAAGCAAUGGAAGAUCGCCGCUACUUCCUCAGAGAAGAAGUGCAAAAUCCUUCGCGCCGUUCGCGCGGAAAACAUCACCAAAAUCCUCGCCGAAAGACUCACCGGCGACCUUUUAGGGGAUAUCAUCGUUGCCAUUCUCACGCACUGGAUCACGGAAGAUUACGCGAACACAUCGUCAAACGACGACGACGAUCCCGUAAACUGGCUCACUGCGCUCACCAAAACCAACCGCUUCUCCAUGGCUUCCAUGCUCCUUUCCGGCGAAGCGAAAACAAACGCCCGCGAAAGCUGGAACCGGUGCGUUCAAAGAUUAGAGAAGAAUAAGAAUAUGAAUAGCGUAGCUUUAGAUAGGUUAGAACACUUGCGCGCGAACUUUAGAUUGUAA